AUGUCGAGCGAGCGGCGACCCGAGCUGGAAGAAACUGCCGUUGACCCGGCAACGGGCUCUGCGGCGUCUCGAAAGUUUUCCAUUGUCCAGGACGCGGUGGAAACGACAAUUGUGGCACCGACCAACCAUGGGCCCUCUCCUCGGUUUUCCACUCUCGUCCGCAACCUGUUCGAGCCGCUGGUCAAUCUCUCGGCCGUGGUUGCAGCUCUGCGCAAGAAACCGACCGAGGCCAAGGCUCACAUUGCCUCUCAGUUCAUCAAGGGGUGGGUAGAGGAGGUUGGCAAGGACAUUUAUCCUGCCUUCCGUCUCAUCUUACCGGACAAAGACCGAGAACGGGCCGUGUACGGGCUCAAGGAAAAGGCGCUGGGCCGUCUGUGGGUCAAGGUGCUCAAUUUGGCCAAAGAUUCGCCCGAUGCCAAGGCGUUGAGUGAAUGGAAACAAGGAGGCAACGAAAGCGCCGGCAACUUCUCCAAACGGUGCUACGAAGUGCUGAGCAAGCGAACCAGUCUUACCGACUACGGCCAUAUGACCGUGGACGAGGUCAAUGAGCGACUGGAUCUUUUGGCCGACGGAGAAACGGACCAGGCCAAGCAGAUUGAGAUUCUAACCUACUUCUACAAGCACAUGAACGCCACGGAGCUCAAAUGGCUGGUGAAUAUCAUUUUGCGGCAGAUGAAGAUGAACGCGACGGAAAAGGUGUUUUUUGAGCCCUGGCAUCCCGAUGCCGAGUCCUUGUUCAACGUCACUGCCAGUUUGAAACGCGUCUGCUGGGAAUUGACAGAUCCUACUAAACGGCUGACUUCCGCAGAGGCCCAAGUGUCGUUAUUCGCCUGUUUCAUGCCGCAAAUCGCCGCGUUUCCGAAAUACUCGGGCCAGGACAUUGCCGGAAAACACUUCAAGGGCAGACCGUUCUACAUUGAAGAAAAGAUUGACGGAGAGAGAAUGCAGAUGCACAUGAGCGAAUAUGGCAACAAGUUCCACUGGUGGAGCAGACGGUCCAAGGACUUCACCGAGACGUAUGGAAACUCUCUGGAUGACGCUUCUGGCUCUCUGACCAAACGUCUUAGAGGUAUCAUCAACCCCAAAGUCAGAAACUGUGUGCUGGACGGCGAAAUGGUGGCUUAUGAUCCUGCCACCAAGAAGAUUAUCCCGUUUGGAACUCUGAGAACGGCCAACCGAAACGAACAGAACGACCUGAACCUCACUAAACCCAUGUUCAUGGUAUUUGACAUUCUUUUACUCAACGAUAAGCCUCUGGUGGACUACACUCUAGCUGAGCGCAAGAGAACACUUCGGACCAUCUUUGCAAGGACUGAUAACGAGACUGUGGGUCAGGAAGGAGUUCUGGAAGUGUUACCCUACACCGAGGCCACCACCGCUGCUGAAAUCGAGACUUGCAUGCGAAAGAUCAUUGCAGAGUCGUCCGAAGGACUGGUCAUCAAAGACCCUACUUCUGUCUACAGGGUGAACACUCGAGACGAUUCGUGGCUGAAAAUGAAACCUGAGUACAUGUCUGAAUUCGGCGAGAAGCUCGAUGUUGUCAUUAUUGGAGGCUACUACGGUUCAGGAAAACGAGGCAGUAUUCUUUCCUCGUAUCUUUGCGGUCUUCGGGCUGAUGGAUCGGACCAGUUUUGGUCCUUUUUCAAAGUGGGGGGUGGCCUGACUGCGGGUGACUACCAGGCUAUUCGCACCAAGACCGAGGGCAAAUGGAAACGAUGGGACAAGAACGACAAGCCCAAAAACGUGCUUCUGGCGGGCCCCAAUGGCGACCUAGAACGUCCAGAUGUCUGGAUCGAGCCGUCGGACAGUGUGGUGGUCGAGGUCAAGGCUGCUUCAGUAGUUGCUAGUGACCAGUACAAGGUGGGGUUGUGUCUGCGGUUUCCUAGAUUCCGAGCCCUGCGACUGGAUAAGACAUGGGAAGACGGACUGACCAUUUCUCAGUUUGCGGAGCUCAGACAAACAGUUGAAAUGGAGGCUGAAAACAAGGAGUUGGAGCUGGAGGACAGAAAGAGACGCAAUGCAGGUCCCGGAAGAGGGGCCAAACGGCUGAAACUGGCAAACGUGUCUUCUGACGAAGACGAGCUGGGUACUGAUGAAAGGCCGACGUCUGUUUUCAAAGCCACGUCUUUUGCUGUGCUCUCAGACAUGUCUUCUCCUCGGUACAUGUCUAAAGCCGCGGUGGAAAAUCUCAUCAAGAAGCACGGAGGUACUGUGUUUCAGACGGUCGAAGGACCACACACGAUUCCCGUUGCAGACACCCGAACUAUCAAGGUCCAGGCUCUGACUAAACGGGUCCAUGGUGUGGAUGUGAUUCGACCCAACUGGCUGUUGGAUUGCAUCAACGAGGAGAAACUAGUGGCUCUGGAGCCGCGAAAUCUGCUGGAGUCGAGUGCCGAAACACUUGCACUUGCCAAGACAAAUGUCGACGAGUUUGGAGACAGUUACACCCGCCCUCUGACCUACAAAGAGAUGCAGGAGGUGUUGCGGUUCAUGGACCAGUUUGAUCUGGAUCAAACAAACCCCCCUGACUUGAUGAUGGAGGUUCUGGAAACCAAUGAUGGAGCCGUGCCCAAGGGAAUGCUCUUCUAUGGCAAAAAGGUGUACAUGUCGACUUCCAAUAUGGACACUGUUGCUCUGGAGACCCAGUUCAGAGCCUACGACGCCUUGAGAUGCCUGCAAUUUGGAGGAGCCAAUCUCGUGACCGACAUGAAAGACCUGGUGGUGGCGGUUGCCAAAACGGAAGAGGAGGCUAAAGAGCUGAGAAGGGUGUCCUCGGAACAGGUGUUUCCGUUCAGAGUGGUGUCCAUCAAGUGGGUCGAGGAGAGCUGGAAGAACGGAACGGUGGAGAUUGAGGACGAUUACCCUCUAUAA